CCAGUCUUCAACAAGAUGUUGAUUCUGUCAAACGUUGCGAUUGUGAUCGGAGUGCAACUGCUUCUCGGUGGCGCCUCUUGGGCGGCACCAGAAUGCACGCGGAGUGCCGAGUAUUGUCAGGAGCGGCUAAUGCAUCCGGAUUUGCCGGAGCCAAAGCUGCGGCAGCAACGCAAGGUGGAGGGCGAGGAGACCAAUGCCUAUUGGCGGGAGCUGGGCACACAGUUUGUGAAGGACAAACUAGCCGCACAAUUGAAGAAGGGCAAGGCCAAGAAUGUGAUCAUGUUCCUAGGUGAUGGCAUGGGAAUUACAACCACCUCGGCGGCCCGUAAUCUUCUGGGUGGCGAGGAGAAGAUGCUGUCUUUUGAGCAGUUCCCUUACAUUGGCCUAGCCAAGACCUACGCAGUGGAUAAGAUUGUGCCCGACUCGGCGUGCACAGCCACCGCUUAUCUAUGUGGUGUUAAGGGUCAGGAGGGCACCAUUGGCGUCAAUGGAGCUGUGCCCAGAACCGAUUGUAAGGCCAUGCUGAACGAGAGCACACACGUCGACUCCAUUGCCAAGUGGGCCAUGGAUGCCGGCAAAUGGGCGGGUCUGGUGACCACCACCCGGGUGACUCAUGCCUCGCCAUCCGGCGUAUAUGCCCAUAUUGCGGAGCGUGACUGGGAGAACGAUGCAGAAGUCGAAGCCGACUGUGGUCCCAACUCUGGGGUGAGGGAUAUUGCCUAUCAGUUGGCCAAUGGCAAAGUGGGCAGCAAACUCAAGUUGAUCAUGGGUGGCGGUCGCCAGCAUUUUGUCGAUUCAAGCAAGGAAGCUUGGGGCAAGCGCAAGGAUGGUCUGCAUCUCAUCAAUGAAUUCAAGGCGGCAGAUUCACAGAAUGUUUACGUGACCACCGCUGACGAGCUAAUGGGAUUGGACUUAAAGCAGCCAAAGCGAUUGCUGGGACUCUUCCAGGACGAUCAUUUACUGUAUCACCUGCAGACCAAUGAGAGCACCACGCAACCCACUCUGGAGCAGAUGACGCGCAAGGCCAUUGAGUAUAUGAGUCAGAAUGACGAGGGCUACUUCCUGUUCAUCGAGGGCGGUCGCAUUGAUCAGGCCCACCACGAUAACAAGGCUCGUAUGGCGCUCGACGAGACCAUCGAGUUCUCCAAGGCCAUUGCCGCUGCUCGUGAGCUGACCAAUGAAGAGGACACUCUGCUGGUGGUCACUGCGGAUCACUCGCAUGUCUUCACCUACGCGGGAUACUCGUAUCGCGGAUCUGACAUCUUUGGCACAGCGCCAGCCAAGGCGAAAGAUGGCAAACCCCACAUGGUUCUCAGUUACUCCAAUGGUCCCAGCUAUGAGCAUUUCUAUGAUGCUGAAACCAAGGAACGCAUCGAUCCCACUACACAGAUUAAAGGUGUCUAUGAUGAAGUGUUCCCAGCUGGCGUACCCCUCGAACUGGACACACACGGCGGCGACGAUGUUCUUGUCUAUGCCCAUGGACCCUGGUCCCAUUUAUUCACCGGCGUCUACGAACAGAGCGCGAUUCCCCAUCUGAUGGCCUACAGCUCCUGUCUCGGCGAUGGUCUCACCAUGUGCACCUAAGACCCAUGCGACAAUCAGGCAUGAAUUCAGUUGCGUGCCUGCUCCUCAUGACAAUUAAGUUGGCAGCUCAUAUUUCCACCUUCUCUCGUUUGUUAAGUGCAACAUGUAAAUGGUAAAUUGUAGAUUGCAAAUUGAAUUAAAGCGAAUUUCUACAAAA